AUGGUACGGUUUCUGAAAAGAGGCUGCAGCCUUGACCGGUUGGUGCGCGGCAGGGGGAUGUCCGAGAGCUCAGGGAGCAGAGAGGAGAGCCAAACCUUCGAGAGCGGGUCACUCGACGACGACAAGAUGCUUUUUAGGAGCCAGGGAUCGAGCGCGCCCGGCCAACCUCCGGAGCAAGCACCCAAGUCGCGGUUCAGCAAGGAUGCAGGUGUCAAGGAGCAACCUUCAGAUUUGGAGUUGAUGAAGGAGAGGUUUGCAAAGCUGCUUCUGGGGGAGGACAUGUCAGGUGGAGGAAUAGGGGUUUCCUCAGCCCUCGCUCUCUCCAAUGCCAUCACCAAUCUUGCAGCUUCUGUGUUUGGAGAACAAUGGCGUCUGGAGCCCAUGUCUGCAGAAAGGAAGGCGAGAUGGAGAAGAGAAAUAAACUGGCUUUUAUCAGUCACGGAUCAUAUUGUUCAGUUUGUUCCUUCCCAACAGAUAUCCAAAGAUGGAACCAGCAUGGAGAUUAUGGUAACUCAGCAACGCAAAGACCUUCUCAUGAAUAUCCCUGCCUUGCGGAAGCUCGAUGCAAUGCUCAUCGAAUACCUAGACAACUUCAAAGACCAAAAUGAGUUCUGGUAUGUGUCCAGAGAUGCUGAUGAGUCCGAGAAGGGGAAUGCUCGGAGAACAGAUGAUAAGUGGUGGCUUCCGACCGUCAGAGUCCCUCCCGAUGGCUUGUCUGACGUAUCAAGGAAAUGGCUUCAGUAUCAAAAGGAGCUUGUGAACCAAGUGCUCAAAGCAGCAAUGGCUAUAAACGCUAAUGUUCUUACGGAGAUGGAGAUUCCAGAAUCCUACAUUGAAUCCCUCCCUAAGAAUGGAAGGGCAAGUCUCGGAGACUCACUUUAUCGGAAUAUAACCGACGAUGAUUUCGACCCUGAAGAGUUCCUCUCAUCUGUAGACUUAUCAACAGAGCACAAAAUCCUAGACCUCAAAAACCGAAUUGAAGCAUCUGUUAUCAUUUGGAAGAGGAAGAUGCACAACAAAGAUGGCAAAUCUGCAUGGGGUUCAGCAGUCAGCAUGGAGAAGAGAGAGCAAUUUGAAGAGAGAGCAGAAACCAUCUUGCUCAUACUCAAGCACAGAUUCCCUGGGAUUCCUCAAUCAGACCUGGACAUCAACAAGAUUCAGUACAACAAGGAUGUAGGGCAUUCCAUACUGGAAAGCUACUCGAGGGUUAUAGAAAGCUUAGCUUUCACCGUGAUGUCUCGUAUUGAAGAUGUUCUCUAUGCUGAUUCUGUAUCCCAAGAUGCAACAGGUGGCAGCUCAAGGAGAAGACCUUCACUGACAGAUUCAGAGCCAAUUAAGCCCCUUGAUCCCAAGGAAGAGAUCGAGAAGCUUAACAAAAUAGAAGCAAACAAUUUGAUGACACUACAAGAUUUCAUGGGUUGGCAAAUGGAUCAGAAUACCGAGACGAAGAAGGAGAAGGGCACCUCGGAGGAUGAAGGAAAGUGGAUGAGAAAGCUCCCUAACCUUGUGACCAACAAGAAAUUUUUAGAGAAAAUAGAGAACUUGGGAGGCCUGAGAAGUCCAACAGCUCGCCACUAAGAAAUCUUAUGAGCAAAGGGAAUGAUGAAAUGGAUGAUAUGGGGACAUCAAGACAAAUGUAUUUAGUUCUAUAGAAUUGGAGAUUCAUGAAUAUAACUUCAAGUGCUGCUGUUGGAUUUUGGUGGAUGGUGAUGACAAUUGUCCAUGUGCUGAUUAAAGCUGCUCAAAGUCAUGGCAGAUAUCAUCGCAACCAGUUGACAAGAACUUGUCAUCUAUAUGCACCACACAGUGAACCAUAGCUUAGGAAGUGUUUCUCUCCUAGAAGAUGACCUUAUGCGAUGCGGCAAAUCUUGAAAGAUUCUUACCCCAUGAAACCAGAGAACGAACCCCUUGCUUGAUGUCCCUACUUGUACCAUGUGUGUGUGUGUGUGUGGCAUAACUUUUACAGAUUGUGUCUAUUUUUAUUCACCUUCAACCAUUCUUUGUCAUUCAGCUUGUUGGUUUUAUUUUGAUGUAGCUGCGUAUGGAAGUUUCAGCUGAUGUACUAACUCCUGUGAUCAUGUCAUAUCAACAAAAGUCAAGAUUAAG